AUGGUGUUGAUCGCGGCGUGCAUCUUCGCAAAAUCUGGAAAAGCCCUAGUGGCUCGUCAAUUCGUCAAUGAUAUGACUCGUGCUCGUCUCGAGGGUCUUCUCGAUGCAUUCCCAAAGCUCAUAGGAAAUGAGAAGGAAGCUGCCACCCGUCAGCAUACAUUUGUCGAGACCGACAGCGUUCGCUAUGUCUACCACCCACUGGACAACAUCUAUGUGGUUCUUGUGACCACAAAGAACUCGAACAUUCUGGAAGAUCUCGAAACCCUUCGCCUCUUCUCUCGUGUCAUUCCAGAAUACUGCCGUUCGAAUGACGAGAAGGAAAUUCUCGCUCACGACUUCGACCUAAUUUUUGCAUUCGAUGAAGUAGUCACUCUUGGAUAUCGUGAGAGCGUGAAUCUCGCUCAGAUUCGUACUUUCACUGAAAUGGAUUCUCACGAGGAGCGUGUCUUCAUGCAAAUCAAGGAAGCACAGGAGAAGGCUGCCAAACAGGCGAUGGCUGAGAAGGCCAAGGAAUUGAAGAGAGCUCAGAAGGAGGCGUUGAGCAGAGGACUCAAACCAAGCUAUCAGUCCAGCACUGGAAUUUCCUCUUCUACUCCAUCAGCUGCUGCAGUUUCUGAGCCAGUGGCUCCAAGACCUGCUGCUCCGAAGGGACCAAUCGGAGGUGGAAAGGCGUUGAAGUUGGGAGGAAAAACAACAAAUGAGGACGAUUUCUUGAACACUUUGAGGCAACAGGGACAGAGUAUUGCGCCUGUUGAGAAGGCUAGUCUUUCAGGUGGUCCAUCUUCUCUCACCGCUCCAGUCUCCUCGGCGCCACGUGUCAAGCGAGAAGCUGUUCACGUUCGUACUGACGAGAAGAUCAACGCUCGUGUUAGUCGUGAUGGAGGCCUCGAAUCCGGAGAAGUCGUCGCCACAGUGUCUCUAUCUGUUGCCACUCCAGAUCUCAAUAACGUGGCGAUCCAGAUGAGCGAUGCAGCGACAAUCUCAGGCGUUCAACUGCAAGUGCAUCCGAAUCUUGAUAAGAAGGAGUGGCAGACAUCGUCGAUUCUCAAGGUGAAACCGAAUGGAAAGCCAUAUCCAGUGAACUCGGAUGUGGGAAUUCUCAAGUGGAAGCAAGUUUUAGCAGAGGAGGAUCAGUUGCCUAUUUCAUUGAACUGCUGGCCACAAGAAUCGUCUGACGGAGUGCAAGUCAAUAUCGAAUACACACUUCAACGUGAGGAUAUCACACUUCAGAACGUCAGAAUCGUAAUUCCACUUCCAACCGCUACCUCUCCAAUCGUUGGCGAAUGCGAAGGGGCUUAUGAAUACAUGAAAACAAAGAACGUCAUCGUAUGGUCGAUGCCAGUGAUCGACACCUCCAACCCAUCUGGAUCCCUCGAAUUCUCCGUACCCAACGGACAUGCUGACCACUUCUUCCCAGUCUCCGUCGCAUUUUCCUCCCAAAACCUCUUUGUUCCAAUCACUGUACAAGAGGUAUCAAGCGGAUCUGGUCCAGUUGUCUACUCGUUGGAAACCAAUUUCAACUCGGAUCACUUUGAAAUUGUCUAA